UCCUAGAAGUGUCCCAUGGAUGAAGUGACACCCCUGCAGUGUGAGAGGAACGUCUGGGACCCACUACAAGACGUCGGGACCGAGGACAGGAGGAUGGAUCUCCACACAGCUGAAGGCAUCCGGUGCACCAGCCUGCCUGCCGGCAAGCCCCCAAUGGCGACCAAGCGUAAGGGCGGCCUGAAACUCAAUGCCAUCUGUGCCAAGCUGAGCCGCCAGGUGGUGGUGGAGAAGGGAGCCGGGGGCGGCUCCCAGCCCCAAGGCAGCCCGCUGCGGCCCCAGGACAGAGACCCGGGGGCCGCCCGUGGGUCCCGAAGCGAGGAGGACAAGAGGCGGGCAGUGAUCGAGAAGUGGGUCAACGGGGAGUACAGUGAGGAGCCGGCACCCACGCCCCUGCUGGGCCGGCUGAGCCGAGAGGGCCCGGAGCUGCCGCCGGAGGGCGUGUACAUGGUGCAGCCCCAGGGCUGCAGCGACGAGGAGGACCAAGGCCACGAGCCCGCCAAGGGCGCCACGGAGAAGGACCCGGACGGCAGCGCCUCCAAGGGCGAUGGCGGUGGCCCCGGUGCCAAGCAGGCUUCAGGAGAGGCCUCCUCGCUGCGGGACUACGCCGCCUCCACCAUGACUGAGUUCCUGGGCAUGUUCGGCUAUGACGACCAGAACAUGCGAGACGAGCUGGCCCACAAGAUCAGCCUGGAGAGGCUGCACGCGGGCCCCGCCCCCGAGCCUGCUGCCACCUCCGUGCUGCCCUCCACUGCUGCCUCCGAAGACGCCCUCAGCAAGCGGGCCCGCUUCUCCAAGUACGAGGAGUACAUCCGCAGGCUCAAGGCCGGCGAGCAACUCUCCUGGCCGGCCCACGGCACCAAGGCUGAGGACCGGGCCGGCAAGGAGAUGGCGGGCGUCCUGCCGGGGCUGAGGCUGCCGGGCGGCACGGCCCACCUGGAGACCAAGGCCACCAUCCUGCCGCUGCCUUCCCACAGCAGCGUCCCCAUGCAGGGCCUGGUGGCCCGCACCUCCAAGUACGACUUCUUCAUCCAGAAGCUGAAGACGGGCGAGAAUGUGCGGCCCCAGAACGGGAGCGCCUACAAAAAGCCCUCCAAGUACGACCUGGAGAACAUCAAGUACCUGCAGCUCUUCAAGCCGGGGGAGGGCAGCCCCGACAUGGGCGGCGCCAUCGCCUUCAAGACCGGCAAGGUGGGGCGGCCCUCCAAGUACGACGUCCGGGCCAUCCAGAAACCAGGCCCCACCAAGGUCGCGGCCGCUCCCGGCCUGGCUCCCGCCCCCGGCCUGGCUCCCACCCCCCUCGCCGGCACACCCAGUGCUCCCAGUGCCCCUGGGCCGGGGCCCGAGCCCUCUGCCUCCUUGUCCUUCAACAUGCCCGAGUACCUCAAGUCGGCCUUCUCCAAGACAGACUCCAUCACCACAGGGACCGUCUCCACCGUCAAGAACGGAUUGCCCACAGAUAAACCAGCUGUCACGGAAGACGUAAACAUUUACCAGAAGUACAUUGCCAGGUUCUCGGGCAGCCAGCACUGCGGCCACAUUCAUUGUGCCUACCAGUACCGUGAGCACUACCACUGCCUGGACCCGGAGUGUAACUACCAGAGGUUCACGAGCAAGCAGGACGUGAUCCGACACUUCAACAUGCACAAGAAGCGGGACAACUCACUGCAGCAUGGUUUCAUGCGCUUCAGCCCCCUGGACGACUGCAGCGUCUACUACCAUGGCUGCCACCUCAAUGGGAAGAGCACCCACUACCACUGCAUGCAGGUGGGCUGCAACAAGGUGUACACCAGCACGUCGGACGUGAUGACCCACGAGAAUUUCCACAAGAAGAACACGCAGCUCAUCAACGACGGCUUCCAGCGCUUCCGAGCCACGGAGGACUGCGGUGCGGCUGACUGCCAGUUCUACGGGCAGAAGACCACGCACUUCCACUGCAGGCGCCCCGGCUGCACCUUCACCUUCAAGAACAAGUGUGACAUCGAGAAGCACAAGAGCUACCACAUCAAGGACGACGCGUACGCCAAGGACGGCUUCAAAAAGUUCUACAAGUACGAGGAGUGCAGGUACGAGGGCUGCGUGUACAGCAAGGCCACCAACCACUUCCACUGCAUCCGGGCCAGCUGCGGCUUCACCUUCACCUCCACCAGCCAGAUGACCUCUCACAAGCGCAAGCACGAGCGCAGGCACGUCCGCUCCUCGGGCGCGCUGGGGCUGCCGCCGCCGCUACCGGGCGCCAAGGACACGGAGCACGAGGAGUCCAGCAACGACGACCUGGUGGACUUCUCGGCCCUGAGUAGCAAGAACUCCAGCCUCAACGCCUCCCCCACCAGCCAGCAGUCCUCUGCCUCCGCCGCCGCCGAGGCCGGGCCCGGCAAAAUCUCGGGGCUGCUGGCCCAGGGCCUGCCCAGCAGCAUCCCCCUGGCACUGGCCCUCUCCAACUCGGGGCUGCCCCCGGCCUCGCCCUACUUCCCCAUCCUGCCCGGCCGAGGCGGCGCCUCCCUGCCCGUGGGCGCCUCCGGCCUCCUGGGCGCCGCGUCGUCGGGGCCGGCCGCCUCAGCGGCGCCCGACACACCGCCGGCCCCGGCUGCUCCCGGAGCUGGCGACUCGGCCCCGGCUGCCAUGGCGCCCUCCGUCCCCGCACCCCCCGCCUCCAUCAUGGAGAGGAUCUCGGCGAGCAAGGGUCUCAUCUCGCCCAUGAUGGCCAAGCUGGCCGCGGCUGCCCUCAAGCCCGCUGCCACCUUUGACCCAGGAAGUGGCCUGCAGGCCAGUCCUGCCAGGUUCCCCCCGGCCCAAGUGAAGCAGGAGCCUGGUGAGAACACGGGCACCCCCGGUCCCCACGAGGCCUCCCAAGACCGCAGUUUAGACCCGACUCUGAAGGAGCCGAGUAAUGAAUCAAAUGGCCAUGCAGUCCUGGCAAAUUCAUCUCUUUUAUCCUCGCUUAUGAAUAAGAUGUCUCAGGGCAACCCCAACUUGCUGAGCGUCAAGACGGACGUGGAGGGCCGCCCCACCGCAGAGUCCACCCCUUUCCUGGGCAAGGCCGUCAAGACGCUGGUUCAGGAGAAGCUGUCGGAGCCCUGGAAAGUUUACCUGCGCAGGUUCGGCACCAAGGACUUCUGCGACGCCCAGUGUGACUUCCUCCACAAGGUCCACUUCCACUGUGUGGUGGAGGAGUGCGGCGCCCUCUUCAGUACCCUGGACGGGGCCAUCAAGCACGCCAACUUCCACUUCCGGACGGAGGGAGGCGCCGUGAAAGGAAGCACAGAGGCUUCCCUCCAGGCCUCGACCGCGGAGCCCAAGCCGUCCACGGCUCCCGCAUCCCCUCCGGCACCUUCUGUCACCACGGCCACGGCCGCCUCUCUGGAGGGGCUCGCCGCCAGCCCGGCCGUGGUGCCCUCCGCCCCCAGCCUGCUCGCCUGGAAGCAGCUGGCUUCCACCAUGUCCCAGAUGCCUCAGGCCCCAGUGCCUCACCUGCCCACCUCGCCCUUGGCAACGACUUCUCUAGAAAACGCCAAGCCCCAGGUCAAACCCGGAUUCCUCCAGUUCCAGGAGAACGACCUUUGCCUCGCCACGGACUGCAAGUAUGCCAACAAGUUCCACUUCCACUGUCUCUUUGGGAACUGCAAGUACGUCUGCAAGACCUCAGGCAAAGCCGAGUCCCACUGCCUGGACCACAUCAACCCCAACAACAGUCUGGUCAACGUGCGAGACCAGUUUGCCUACUACUCCCUGCAGUGUCUCUGUCCUAACCAGCACUGCGAGUUCCGGAUACGUGGCCACUACCACUGCCUGAGGAACGGCUGUCUCUUCGUGACCAACAUCACCACCAAGCUGCCAUGGCACAUCAAGAAGCAUGAGAAAGCUGAGCGGCGGGCGGCAAACGGCUUCAAGUACUUCACCAAGCGCGAAGAGUGCGGCAGGCUAGGCUGCAAGUACGACCAGCUGAACAGCCACUUUCACUGCAUUCGGGAGGGCUGCCAGUUCUCCUUCCUGCUCAAGCACCAGAUGACGUCGCACGCCCGCAAACACAUGCGCAGGAUGCUGGGCAAGAACUUCGACCGCGUGCCCUCCUCCCAGGGCCCCCACAGCCUGCUGGACACCGAGACUGACGAGUACCCAGACUACACGGGCUGCAGCCCAGGGGCCAUGUCCUCCGAGUCCUCCACCAUGGACCGCAGCUGCUCCAGCACCCCCGUGGGCAACGAGAGCACCGCCGCAGGGAACACCAUCUCCAUGCCCGCGGCCUCGGGCGCCAAGAAGCGCUUCUGGAUCAUUGAGGACAUGUCCCCGUUCGGCAAGCGACGCAAGACGGCAGCCUCGCGCAAGAUGCUGGACGAGGGGCUGAUGCUGGAGGGCUUCCGGCGCUUCGACCUGUACGAGGCGUGCGGGGACGCGGGCUGCCAGUUCUCGCUCAAGGUCACGCACUACCACUGCACACGCGAGGCCUGCGGCUACCGCUUCUGCGGCCGCACGCACAUGUACAAGCACGCGCAGCACCACGAGCGCGUGGACAGCCUGGUGCUGGACGACUUCAAGCGCUUCAAGGCCGCGCUGCGCUGCGCCUUCGCCGACUGCCCGCUGUCGGGCGCCAGCACCCACUUCCACUGCCUGCGCUGCCGCUUCCGCUGCACGGACAGCACCAAGGUGACCGCGCACCGCAAGCAGCACGGCAAGCAGGCCGCCAUCCGCGCCGCCGGCUUCCGCCAGUUCAGCUCUGGCGCCGACUGCCAGGCGCCCGGCUGCAGGUACCGGCUGCGCUGCUCCCACUUCCACUGCACCCACCCGGGCUGCCGCCACACGGUGGUGGGCAUGGCGCAGAUGGACUCCCACAAGCGUAAGCACGACAAGCAGGAGCGCGGGGAGCCGGGCGCCGAGGGGGUGGCGGGCACGGAUGCGGCGGUCGGCACGGAGGUGGCGGCGGGCACGGAGGGGCCGCCCGGCCUGCAGGGGGUCGGCCCGGGGGGCUCGGUGGGCACAGACGCCUCGCCCGGCCUGGACCCGCGGCCCGUGGGCCCCCCCCUCCUCCUGCACGCCGGGCUGGGGCUGGGGCUGGGCGACACAGGGGACCCCACCUCCGGCCCCCCCGCCGUCCCCCGGCCCCCCGGGGCCCCCGUGGCGCCUGCCGCCCCGCUCCCGCCCCCGCCCCCGCCCGGGGAGUCCUCGCAGGAGGAUGAGGAGGAGGAGGACGAGGAUGAAGAGGAAGACGAAGAUGAGGAGGAGGAGGAGGACGAGGACCUGUGCACAGACUCGGAGGAGUCUCUGCCCCCCGGGAGCCCCUCGCCGGCCCCUGCGGCCCCCGUCGCCUCCCCCUAGCUGCCCAGAGCCCCGGCCUGACUGGUGAAGGUGAUGAUGAUUACUGGUUUGUAAGCGAUGGUAUUUAUGUGUAAAGUCGACCCCCCGUGCAGAGCUGGGUGCCCUCCCCCCCCCCCCCCCCCCGGUGCUUUCGGACCCGGGUCCGACUCAGGACAGGCGGGGCUCCCGCUGGUGCUCCGGGCCCCCUGCACCGGGAGGGUCUUCUUCAGGGAAACAGAAGGUGCUCUUGUCCUGGGCCCCCACCUCGCACCCGGGGGGGCCCUGCCGCUCAGGACGCGGCCCCAGGCUGCAGGGCGCCGGCAGGGCAGGGGCGCCCCUCCACGCAGCCAAGGACAGCCCCGUGGACACUAGGGGUCACGCAGCCCCCUUGUGGCUGGAGGGGUGCUGACCUGUCUGGCCCCCUCCUGCCCCCCAGGGCCACCUGGCCGGGGUCCCCGCCACCCAGGCUGGGGGGACAGCAAGGCUGUGGGGAGCUUGGCAAUUGCAACAGAGACACUGCGAGUGCUGUGCAGUAUUUUUCCUGUGAAGGUUAUUAUUCUAUGGAUAACAAAAAAAGAAUGGGCCGCCCGGCCAUCGGCCAGUCCAGACUCAGCACUGAGGGUGGCCUGCGUCCAGCUCUUCACUUGAAUUUCAUUAUUAUUAUUAUUAUUAAUUAUUAUUAUUAUUAUUGGGUAGAGACGAGGAAGACAAGGACUGUUGCUGUGAGGCAGUUUGUAGUUAACGGGCAUCUGAGUCUUCGCUCUUGGUUGCGCCUGUGGCUCUGUAGGGGCUUUUCUCUUUUCUCUCUCUUCCUGCUUGUUUUAUUAGGCUGUUUGGGAUGCAGUCACCCAGACUCGGUCCCGUGCCGAGUUUGAAAUGUGCCCUCCUCCUAGAGACGAGGUCGUCCGGGCCCCAGCGAGCGGAGGCCUCAGGCACACGCUGGCCGGGGCUCUGGGGGGUCCUGGGUCCAAGGGCCAGCAAGCAGCCCACGGCCAAGCCAGGGGCGGGGGGCUGUCACUCAGACCCUCACCUCCGGAGUCUCCGGGGGCCCGGUGCUGAGGUUCGCGUUACUUCUCCCUUUUUUACUUCUCAUUUACUGUGUCCUCUUGGCUGUCCUCAGCCAGAAAGCCAGGCCCCUCUGACCUGGACAGGGGUGAGGGAGGCUUCUUUCUUGGUUUUUUUUUUUUUCUGAGACAGCCUCUCCCGGCCGCUCCUGAAUCUGUGGGCAUGGUGUAAAACUGCUGAGCCCUCGCCCAGACUUUGUGCCCCACCACAGAACUGGGGGAAGGGGGGGUCUGUGCAGGUUUUGUAAA